UUGACUUUUAUUUACCUUGUGGAGAACAUUCAAACGAAAUGAACAGUGGUGACAAAUUGGUUGCAAAUAUAGUGUUAUCGAUAGACAAGUAUGUAGUUGAGUAAAAAUCAUAUUAAUAAUAUUGCAAAUACAGAAGAUAGACGCGUACGCUGACAGAUACAAAAUACAAAAACAUUAUGGUUUAUAUGUGGAAAUUUGAAUAGAAACGGAUUAGAUUGUCAAUAUAAAUAUGUAUUGAUAAACCGGACACCAUGGAAAGCACUGAACAAAUUUAAUUCCAUACAUGAUACAAGUAAAUUGCAGGUAGGCAGUUUUGUUUGAAAUGGAAUUUCGAUGCUUUCUCUGCUCAUUUUUAUAUUUAUUAGAAUAUGUUGAAUCUGAAAGUUUCUGCACAAAAGAUUCUUGUCAAAGCGUACGGCAUGAAGCGUUUCAGAAUAAGAUAAUAUUUGAACGUGAUACUCUUUUUGCCGAAAUAUUUCUACCAUCGAUAUUGAAAAAGACCAGCACAAAAAUAUCGCCGCCAUCAGCUGAUAGUUCUCUUUCAAUUACCUGGCCUCGAUAUGGGUCUGUCGUUGUUAAGCAAGAAUUGAUUGGCGAUGUUGGAUGUCAUGUUAUAACAUGGACAGUAACAAGCAGGGACUUUGAACCACAUGACUGUAUAUCCUUAGCAGACGCAUACUGGUAUGGAGGAUCGGAGUUACAUUAUCAACGAUGGCCUUUUAGUGAAAAUGAAAUAGAAUUACAAGAAUUUGUCUCUGAAGAUGUAGUUGUUAUUAAAGGAUCGUUUGGAAAUGUUUUAGAACCGUUUUGGAUUAAUUCUAACGGUGUUGCAAUUUUUGUAGAUCAAUCAGUUCCUUUACAUGUUAGUUUUAACUCAUCUGGGUCGUAUCUCAUGUGCUUUAAGGCAAAGUAUAGUAACGCAUUAAGAAAACAAAACGAAGAAUAUUCAACAUUAAAGUACACUGUUUGCAAAGAUAAAAAUAUCCUUACAGUAUUUCAGAAAUUAAGGCAAAGUGUUAUGGAUAAACCAGAAAAUAGUCCUGAUUUGCGGAUGAUUAAAAGUCCAAUUUGGUCAACAUGGGCUAAGUACAAAGUUGAUAUAAAUCAAGAGAAAGUACUCCGAUAUGCCAAUGAGAUAAAUGAAUAUGGGUUCUCAAACAGCCAGAUAGAGAUAGACGAUAUGUAUUCAACAAAAUAUGGGGACUUUGAUUUUGAUUCAGAAAAGUUCAAUGAUCCUGUAGAAAUGAUUAAAGAGUUAAAACAAAAAGGUUUCAGGGUAACUGUCUGGGUAACGCCAUUUGCUAAUCUGGAUUCGAAAGCCUUUACUGAGGGAAUACGACAUAACUAUUGGCUUAGAGAUAUAUCUGGAAACGUACCAGCUCUUGUUAAAUGGUGGCAAGGAAUAGGGGGAAUAAUUGACCCUUCAAAUCCAAAUGCAACUUUAUGGUAUAAUAACCGGCUGAAAAUGAUGAAAGCAAACUAUGGUAUUGAUUCUUUUAAAUUUGACGCUGGGGAACGAACUUUCAUUCCAAUACCUUUCAGUUCUCAUCAAACAAUGAAUAAUCCAAACAUGUUUGCAACAAAAUAUGUGGAAAUGGUAAGUAACCAUGGGAACUUGAUUGAAGUGAGAUGUGGUUAUAAAUCACAGAAACAUCCUAUUUUUGUUCGUAUGGCAGACAAAGAAUCACGUUGGGGCUAUAAAAAUGGCCUAAAGACCAUUAUACCUACAGCUUUGACCUUUGGUAUCCUCGGUUAUCCCUUUGUUUUACCAGAUAUGAUAGGAGGUAAUGGCUACGGAGAAGUUUUAGCUAAGGACAUAAUUUUGCCAGAUCGUGAACUAUAUAUAAGAUGGUUACAAUUAACAGCGUACCUUCCUGCUAUGCAGUUUUCCUUCACUCCAUGGGACUAUGAUAAAGAAGUUAUUGAGAUAGCACAUAAAAUGGUCAGAAUUCAUGAAACAGUUGUAACGCCUUUACUGCUUAGUUAUGCUGAAAAGACUGUGAAACAUGGUUAUCCUUUGAUUCGUCCAAUGUGGUGGAUAGCACCAGAUGAUAAGGAAACAUACAAUAUCGAUUCACAGUUUAUGGUAGGCAACAUGCUCAUGGUGGCACCUAUCUUAGAUCCAGGAGCUAGACAAAGGGAUAUCUACUUUCCAAAAGGGAUGUGGCGAGAUAAUUUAAAUGGACAGACCAUUAAUGGAGGGCGCUGGGUUAGGAAAUACCAAGUUCUAAUAGAUCAAAUAGCAACAUUUGAUUUAGUAUAGUUGCGUUAAUCGAAAUUCCAACGAAUCAGGUUUUUUAAAUUUUCUUUUGAUUUCUGCCAUUUUAAGGCUACAUGCGUUUUUUUGUAUUUUUUAGAAAUCUUUCUACUAAAAUGUUUUAGGUAAAAUGAAAAAUGGUAGAGAGGAACGUGAUAUGUUUUGAUACAUUUGAAUUUUUUUUUCUAAGCAACAUUAACUGAAGUAACGUUAAUCAAACGGAAAAGACAAGAUUUGCAUUGAACAACAAAAUUAAAAUGUGUUGGUUUUUUUCAAGCUAGUAUUUAAUAAUGCGUUUUGAGCGCUGUACAGAGGAAGAGUUAAUCUUAACUAUGAAAUUUGACUUAAUUUAUAAACUAUGAUAGUCACCAAUUAUUUCAAUAUGCUCGUUUGAAGAAAUUUUCUCAGAAGGACGCCAUAUGAAGACAUUGAUUUGCCAUUAUGCAAUGAUGUUAGAGUUGGUGUAUUUUGCAUUCUUCAGCAUACCAACAUACAUUGUUUUGCUGCUAAGAAACAUUCAUAUCUUUUGUUUUAUUUACUCCAUUCAACUAGAGUGAAGUGGCACACGGCUUAUCCAUAGAAUAUCAGUGUAUGCACAAUUAUCUAAUAAUUAAAAACCGGUGUGCCGUGA